AUGUCAAGUCAGGAAUCUGAAACAAACUCAAUUAAAUCAUAUGGUGACAAUGAUGACGAUCUUUUGAACAAACCAGUUAGUAGAAUUAGAACUUGUGGUGAUGGUGAAGAAUUUGUUAUCUUCGGUGAUGUUAAAUACUAUAGACAUGAAUUUAUGCAAGCAUUUGGUGGUACUAUGGAUGUUGGUGUACAUCGUGCUCCUGUUCAUCAAGUUGGUAAUCCAUCACCAUUAGGUUUACUUGCUUUUAGUAUCACUAAUUUAGUCUUGAGUUUAUAUGGACUUAAUGUUAAAGGUAUUCAUACUACCAAUGUUAUUGUUUCAUUAUGUAUCUUUUUUGCUGGUACCAUGCAAUUCUUAGCUGGGAUUUGGGAAUGUGUUGUUGGUAACACAUUUGCUUUCUGUGCAAUGUGUAGUUAUGGUGCAUUCUUUUUAAGUUUUGGUGCUGCUUAUAUUCCAAAUUUUGGCGUUAUGAAAGCUUACAUGACACAAGAUCCAACUCAAAUCAACAAUGCCAUUGGGUUAUACUUGAUGGGAUGGUGUAUUUUUUCAUUCAUGUUAUUCUUGUGCACUUUGAAAUCGGUUAUUUCAUUACUGGCUAUGUUUUUCUGUAUUACUUUUACUUUCCUUUUCCAAGGUGCUGGUUAUUUAGCGGAUAAUCAUACUUUGAUUAAGAUUGGUUGUGGCUUUGGUUUUGGUGUUACUUUCUUCGGAAUGUUCAAUGCUUGGGCAGGUAUGGCUAAUUCUACAAAUACUUACUUUUCCAUUCCUCACAGGUGGUUAGUUGAAGGUGGACACAAAAGUAAAUAA